AGCCGUGGGGUGGGGGCGAGUGAGGGGAUGGAAAGGGAGGUUGGCAGAGCCCAGCAAGGGGUGUGGCCCUGGGUCUGUUCUCAGGGGUGGAGCCAGCCAACAGGGUCACCCUGUCCCUUUAAGAGAAGGGGAGAGCUAGCCCCUCUCGGCCAUCCUGUCUUGUCAUCCAUCCCGGGCAAAAUCCGAAAGGGAAAAUGAAAGAGGGACCAGGAGGAACAGGUCCCAGCCACCUCCCAAGGUCCUUUACUCGGCUUUAACAUCCCCGCGUCAGCUACAGGGCGAGUGGUUACGUACGGCGCCAUGGGGGAGUGGGCGUUCCUCGGCUCGCUGCUGGACGCCGUGCAGCUGCAGUCGCCGCUCGUGGGCCGCCUGUGGCUGGUGGUCAUGCUGAUCUUCCGCAUCCUGGUGCUGGCCACGGUGGGCGGCGCCGUGUUCGAGGACGAGCAGGAGGAGUUCGUGUGCAACACGCUGCAGCCGGGCUGUCGCCAGACCUGCUACGACCGCGCCUUCCCCGUCUCCCACUACCGCUUCUGGCUCUUCCACAUCCUGCUGCUGUCGGCGCCCCCGGUGCUCUUCGUCAUCUACUCUGUGCACCGGGCCAGCAAGGAGCCGGGCGGCGCGGCCGGCGGGGCAGGGUCGCUGGGGACCCCGGGGCGCCCGGGGGGCCGCCGCGCGCGCCGCUGCUACCUGCUGAGCGUGGCGCUGCGCCUGCUGGCCGAGCUGGCCUUCCUGGCGGGCCAGGCGUUGCUCUACGGCUUCCGCGUGGCCCCGCACUUCGUGUGCGCCGGUGCCCCGUGCCCACACACGGUGGACUGCUUCGUGAGCCGGCCCACCGAAAAGACCGUCUUCGUGAUCUUCUACUUCGCCGUGGGGCUGCUCUCGGCGCUGCUCAGCGUGGCCGAGCUGGGACACCUGCUCUGGAAGGGCCGCCCGCGCGCCGGCCACGGUCUCCAGGAGGCCGAGCGCGACAACCGCUGCAACCGCGCGCACGAGGAGGCGCAGCAGCUGCUCCCACCGCCGCCGCCCGCCCUGCCCGCCAGGCACCCGGGCCCCGACCCCUACGCCCCGCCAUCCUAUGCUCACCGGGCGCCGACCUGCGACAGCGAGGGCGGCAGCGGCCGCAGCAAGGCAUCGCUGGCCACCGUCCGCCAGGACCUGGCCAUCUAGAGCUGCCUGGGGCGGGGGUGAGGUCAGAGGCCAGACCCCACUACCCCGGAGCGAGAAGCAGCUCUGCAGCAACUGUUCGCAGGGUCCCCUGCCCAGCAGAUGACACACAGGGGGCAUGGCCCGCCGGGCAGCAUCCGCAGCUCCCAGCCAAGCUGGGGACAUCUAAGGAACUAAGGCCGGUCCUUGGUGCCGUCAUCCAGGCAGAAAGGAAGGAGGCUGGGGGGGGCGGGGUUGGGUGCUGAGAGAAAGUGGACAAGAGGAGGGCAGAGCUAGUGCAAAGUGGAGGGUCCGGUGGAGCCCGGGUUGUUUUACUGGGGACAAAAACAACGGUGAUACCAGCAUCCCUGGGGGCCUCUCCUUGUUCAGACUGAGGCGUGGCCUCUGUGUGGGCCCUCUGUGUAUGUACACACACAUGUACACAUACAUACGGUGUGAGCUGUGGGUGCCCAAGCGCACGUCAAACCUGUGUGAGCUCUUGCGUGUGUGCGCAUGCACACAUAUAUCCUGGGAGAGCUCUGGUUGUGCACGCGUGUGCACAAGCACAUGUCCAUCCUCUGCAGGCUCUCUGCGCGUGUGUGGGCCUACCCCGUGUGCCUUCUGCGUAUGCGCGUGCAUCUGUGUGCCCUGUGUGAGCUGUGUGUGUGAUCUCUGACGUGCACUGUGCGAGUGGCCAGGACCCAGUGCCAGCAGCAGCCACGGUGGCUCCCUCCCUACCUGCAGGGGCGUCACGGGAUGGUCUGCCCUCCUGCUGGAGCCCACACAGGACGGGAGCGGGAGGGGAGGCCUCAGUCUGGGCACCAUCUACACUCUCAGCCUUGUGGCCUGGGCAAGGUGGCUAGGCCCUCCUUUCAUGGAGAUAGAGUGGGGGUGGGCAGUGGGGUCAGAGGGCAGGACUGUUUUCUGGCUUCCCCCUAUUCACCCUGCCGCUGUUACCCCAGUCCAUAGACAUCCUCAGAAGAAACCUCCCCCAGAACGUGUGCUCCUGGCCCUGCAUUUUCCCGCAGCCAUCACCCGCUUCCCCUCCUCCCUCCCCGCCGCGGCCCCACCCCCGGGGAAAUACAAGGAUCUGUCUACGUGUCUGCAUCCUUUUCCCCUCCUAUCUCUCCUCUGCCCCCAUCUUCUUCCUCCUUCACUGCCCCAGUGGGGAUGCUCUCCGUAAGCAGCCAGCAGCAAACUGAAAACUCCAGGGGCCACCAUCCAACCACGCCUCCGGGGCUCCACCAGACCCUGCCGAGCAGGCUGCCAGCGCCCCGGUCUUCCGUGUCCCCGGUCGCUUCCUCUCUGUCCUCCUUUUUCCUUCACGCCUCUUCCUCAGCUUUCCUGCCUGGCUCCACACAGCAGCUGGAGGAGUCUUUCUAAAUAGCUCCCCUACUUACGUCCUUGGGGCUCCCCCAUCCUCAGGGUAAGUCCAGCACCUGAACGAGGCUUUUGAAGCCCUGCACGUCUGGCCCUGCUUCAUCAGGCCCCCUCCCCUUGGCUUCUCCAAGGUCGCCAUGCCCCAAACCAUGCCGAGUUUUCUGUUCCUACCAAGCACGGUACCCAAUCUUGCUUCUAAGUGUUUCAACAUGCUGUUCCUUUGCCUGGAGCGGCCUCCCUCUCUGCACCGCCCCCUUCCGCUAGCUAAUUAAUGCCUACCUGCCUUUUGGUCUCACCUGGGAAGAAACUAGAUGGCUUCCUUUACAGACAGCCCAAGCCCCAAACCAGAGCUGGAGGCCCCAAGGCAGCACUACUGCUGGAUGCAUAGCUCUCUCCUCCUCACAGGCCCAUAGUAGGUGCUCAGUAAACUUGGUCUGGAUGAGGAACUGGUGGUGUUUCCCAGGCCCAAGCACUUAUCCACGCUCACGGUGUGUGCUACCGUCCCUCCACCUACAGUGAGUUCUGCGUCUGCCGCCUGGACCCUUCCAUGCAAACUCAGAUGUGAAUGUCCAGCUGUUUUCCAUAUAUAUUCAUUCAACAAAUACUUCUUGAGCACAUAGUGUAUACCAGGCAGUGUUCAAGAUGAGCACUGUUUCAUAGGAAGAGGAGGUGAGCCACCCAUAUAAUUCCAAGUUUUCCAUUAGCCACAUUACAAAGUGAAAGGAAACAGGUGAAAUUCAUUUUAGUAAUAUAUUUUCUUUAAGUACUUUUUCAACACGCAAUAUAAAAAAAGUAUCGAGGAGAUGUUUUAUAUUCUUCGUUUUGUACUAAGUCUUUGAAGUCUGGGGUGUGUUCUGCGCUUGGAGCACAUCUCAAUUUGGACCAGCCGCAUAUCUAAGACUCGGCCGCCACCCGUGGCGAGUGGCUGCUAUUAGCAGAUUCAGGUGUUGGGCUCCAGCGGUGAACAAAACUUGCCCCUGUGAAGCUCACAUUCUGGUGGACAAUAAAUAUAGACUGUACCAGUGUAAAGAGUAAGGGGAGAGAGAGUGACACCCCUGAGGAGUGACGGGGAGCAAGAACAUACCAAGUUGCCAGCCAUGAAGCUUCUCCAGGAAGAGCAUUCCCGUUGGAGGGAAUGGCGAGAACAAAGGUCCUGAGGCGGGAAUAAGCUGGAGGUCUUGGAGGCCAACAAGGAGGCUGGUGUGGCCGGAGUGGAGUGAGGGGCAUGGAGGGGGUCACCAGCAACUCACAUGGUGCCCCAGCUUCCUUAGCUCUCCUCUCAGUUGCUGGGGUCCCCAUCCACCCUGGCCACCUCCGUCUGUUGUUGCCAGAGCCCGUCCUCUGCCCGCCUUCCAUAUCCCAUCAAUCACCUGGUCCUCCUGUUUUACCACCUAAGCAUUUCCUCCCCUUGGCCACUCUUCUCCACCCCUUCAGAGGCUGCCCAGGGUCAG